GCACAGGUGUAUUGCGCAGUCGCUCGCGAGCAGUCACGCACAUACGCUCUCCGCUCAAUAGCGGCUCGCUCUGUAGUCUGUACUCCUCUCUUCUCUUGUGCUUUGUGCUUGCUCGACUCAAGCCGAACACAUUCCUUGUACAAAACAGUGCAGUGCAUGUAGUACGCGAGCAUGCUUGAGAAAAUUUGAUUCCGUACACUUAUUCAAUGUUUUUACUUAUUAUUGUUUCAGAACUACCCAAGGGGACAUUCAAUUAACUACUAACAAAUUGUAAACGUAAAGUAUGUUUAUUCAAGUGAAAAGUAUCAAAUAUCAAAUAAAUAAGUAGUAGCCUACAGUACUAAAAUACUGGGUGUACCAUUGCUUGAAUUUCAUACGGAUCUCCAAUAAUUCACUCGCGUCCAUGAUUUGAUAGUUAUUUCCAAUUGUUAUUUCCAGUUAGAAGCAAGUGCAAUAUACUGUGAUCUGUGAAGCAUAAUAUUUGUUGAGUGCAAAGAACUAGGCCUACUACUACAGAACGCUUUUAAAAAUUCAAUCAAGGUGAUUUACUAUCAAAGUUGGAAAGUGUCUGAGGGUGGAACACGUGUAAACUACAGUGUUAUUGAGUGUGCAGCAGUGAAACAUGGAAAUGGGCAAUGACAAGUGCCUGGACCUGAUCGACGAGUACCGGAAGCGACCCGUGCUGUGGGAUCCGAAACACAAGCACUACUAUCUGAGGAACAAGAAGAUGGAGGCCUGGGAAGAGAUAAGCAGCACACUGGGCAUUGAAAUUCAGGCUGCAAAACACAAGAUGUGUAGUCUGCUAGGCUCGUUUCGUAGGGAAAAGACCAAAGUGAAGAGGAUCAUCGGAGCUGGAGAUGAUUGCCGUGAAGUGCCUGCUUCAAGAUGGUUCGCCUUUGAAAGAUUACAGUUCUUAAUGGAUAGAGAAGAUGUCAGAAAGAGGAACAAACCAAGAAGAACAAGUGGUACCAUGGACUACAACCUAGACAUGGACGAGGAUGAAGACUCAAUGAUAACAGUCGAAGUGAAGCCAGACAUCACUGAUGAUACACAAGACGAUCUGGCAACAAUUGCGGCAGAUUACUACUACAGAAACGCAGAAGACUCGCACUCGCACCGUCUGCAAGUACACAAGGUCAGCACACCUGUCUCGCCGGAAAAAGCCGAGGAAAUAAUGGAGGAUCCUGGCGACAACACAUUUUCACCCAUCAAGGUCACUCCUGAGACCGAGUUUGAUCUAUGGUCACGAAGUCUGGCUGUGCAACUGAACAACAUGGACACACUGAGGGCGCUGCGGCUGCAGUUUCAGCUGCAGAAAAUACUGUCCGACGAGAGGAUACAGUUCGAGAUUGAGAAGGCUGAAGCUGCCAUGCAGUCGAGUACUCAGUUGCUGCUCUGUGCCGGGCGACGGUGGUUUGGCGGGUUCCUCUGCGCCCCUUCUGCGUCGACACCUACCAACUCUGCUGCCUGUGGCAUAUCUGCUGCAUCUAUCCUGGUGGACGACAACUGUGGGAGAUUUUUGGGAUCGAAGUUUAUAGAGCAAACGCUACCAGACUCCCUUUCUCGUGGUGUAUCGACCGCAUCUACCGAUGGAUUCUGGGUACUAGGCGUCGAUAAAGUAGGAUCAGGGCAACCAUUGUUGAUAUAAGAGACUUUGGAAUUAGCUGGAGUGUGAUUCAAAUUGAUUAUGUAUUUUUUAAAACAGAGAUCGGAAAAAGUAAAAUUUUUAGAUAAAAGGGGCUCUAUACUGUUGACAGGAUGGAAUUUACAAUACAUGUCAGUGAGUGAAUAUUUAAGUGACAGUGAUAAAAGUUUCAAAAACCAUGGAUAUGAAUAAAUGAAUAAAAUAAAAUGUUUAUUUCCCAAAAAAACUAAAACUACAACAUCAAUUACACAAAAUAUUAGAUAAAUUACAAUAUUGAAUACAAUAGUUGGUUACAAAAAUUCUUAUGUGUCCUCUACUUGUUUAGAUUUUUCUGUGUGGAAAUUGACCUACUCCACUAUGGCCAAGUACUAUACUACUAUAUAUACAAAGAUCAGCCACGCUUUGAGACUCUUCAUUAAUAGUUAUGUAAUUUAAAGCUUGUUAUAUCUUAAUUCCUCAAUAGACCUGCUAAUUGCC